UCCAAUGGUCUACCACCGAUAUGAAGGUCAAAGAUAACAUCUCAUUUUUAUCACUUUUCUAAUCAAUAAUACUUGCAGUUCUUCCACUCAAGGCAAUCAGAUAAAUACAUCACACCGGGAGACAGAAGUUAUGUGACAGACAUCAGAGAUGGAGCUCAAAAGCAACGUGUCGAAGUAUCUGGUUGUGUGCGGUGUCUCUAUGCUGCUGGGCCUGACAAUGGCCAAAGGGAAGGAGGAGGAGAAGGAGAGGUGUGAGGACACACUGACUAUCCCUUCAGACUACUACAAGACUCCUUCAGAGGAAUCAGAGGGAAACGGGAACAUCCACACACGCUCCCUGUCCCCCUGGACCUGGAAACCCACUACAGUCGAGAACAGUAUUCCUACGACCAUUUGGGAGGCCGAGUGCAGCUCUAUGUACUGUGUCUACCCCACCAACAGCAGCCAGGCCGUGGGCUAUAGGCAGAACUCUGUACUUAUCUACCAGCAGGUCCUGGUGCUCCACACCUCAGCCACUAGGAAGUGCUACAGCGUCUCCUUCCUGUCCAUGGCCGUGGGGUGCACCUGUGCCUGGGCAAGGACAUCUUGAUGUAGCCAGCAGAACAGUACAUCCAUGGUCUUACUUUGUUUGGUUAUUCAUUUAAUUCAAUCAAAAUGUUAUUUAAUUUAUUUUAAUUGAAAGCUUCCAUGGGAAGUUCAACAU